AUGGCCAUCUCCUGGGGGACUAUCAAGUCCCUCACCCUCUUCUUCGGGCCCAUCCUCGUGCCCAAGGCCAUAAGCUACUACCGCAGCGUCCGCUCCGCCCCGGGCCGCCACGGCCUCGCCGUCCGCCCGUGCCCGGAGCCCACCCGCCGCGCGAUCCUGCUCCUCGCCCUCUGCGCCGCCAUCCUGCUCGUGCGCUCCCUGCCCGUCUUCGCCCCCGAGAACGUCUUCGUCGCCACGCAGUCCCGCCUCCAGGCCCCGACGGACGUGCUGUUCAACCGGCUGUCGGCCCUCCGCGCCGCGUCCGCCGGCUCCCCCGACGUCGGCGGCGCCGCGGCCCUCACCCCCGCGGACGAGGCCCUGCGCGCCCGCUUCGUCAACCUCGAGUCCCGCCUGCUCUACGCCCAGUUUGGCCCGGACCCCCUGUCCACCUGCCCCUUCUGCUCCUCGGACGACCCGAGGUCCUACCUGUACUACGCCGCGCCCGCCCUCGUGGCCCCCCACCUCGUCAACCUCGCCGUCCUGGCCCUGGCCACCGCGGCCUCCCCCGCCAUCUUCGGCCGCGACGCCCGCUCCCACGGUGCCCCUACUCCCUCCGCCUCCGGGUGGCGCUCGACCGCCACCCUCGCCGCCUGCGCCCUCGCCGCCGCCGACAUCUACCUCGUCUCCAGCUACUCGCACCAGCUCAACGCGCGCGCCCUGCGCCUCGCCGACGUCGACUUCUUCUUCUGGCGCGCCCGCGCGCGGCGCCUGCUCGCCCUCGCCGCCCUCGACGCCCUGGCGGCCGCCCUGCUCUGGCUCACGGCCACGAACCGCGCCUUCGCGUCCCCCCCCACGCCCGCCGCCCGGCUCGAGUCGGUCUCGCGCGCCCUCGCCGUCGCCAAGUCGCGCCUCAGCGCCGCGGGCAUCGUCAAGAACACGGCCGCGCGCGACGAGGACCUGCGCGGCCGGUCGCAGGCCUACUGGGCCCACGAGGGGCGCCUCAUGCGCGAGGUCAUGGAGGAGCGCGAGGUCGUCGAGGGCGUCAACGACGCGCUGGCCAACCGCAUCGACAUCGGCACCAUCACCCGCGACGCCGAGGCCUAUGCCGCGAGCGUGAUUGAGCCGCUGCAGCCGCCGGUGGGUUGA